ACAGUAAAGUCAGUACUUGAAGUGCACUCGGGCCGACGACGACUCGAUCAGGUCGAUUGGAUUGAGCUGGCCGACCAAGUGGUUAGCGAUUGACGUUGCCUCUACGCAACCCGCGAUCGGUGCAAAUCCGAUAUACUUCCGUCUCUUUCGUUCCAACAGUGACUAAUCAGGUUCUGUACCGAUACUUUAAUCCAAUUCCAUAGUAAUUAUAAUUUGCAAUAGUAGUAUAUUUUCGUUAUUGUUUGUCCGUUUGUUAAGUGUAAUUGUAAUCCAAACUCGGAACUCGAUUGCUGCGGAAUGAUAUGUGUUUCCAGAAGUGAAUGAGUUUUUGGUGACCCACAAGUGAGCUUUUCAAAACUUCCAUUGGCAGUGAAUAAUAGCACUAGCGAGCAGUAACAGCAGCGGACGUGUUUUUUACGCGAAAUUCAAAUCGAUAAAAAUGUCGCGAUCCAUUUUCCGUCCCCGUCAUGCGCGUGUAUGCAACUUAUGAUGCGCUAGGCCUAAGUGAGUUAUUUUCCUUGCUAGUUUGAUUUUUUGAAUAGUAAACCGGUGCUACCGGAUGUGCCCCACAGCCCAAAAAACGCUCUGUGUUGGCUGGAGCUACGCGCAACAUUUGUGACCACUGUUGUUAAGACUCCCCUCCACAAUUUCAUCGAGACAACUCGUGGACCCUGUUAAAAUUUCGAACGUCUAGCAUUCAGUCUUACGAAAGUGCUGCAGGCAUCAACAAAUAAAAAAAACAAGUGUAAAGUGCGUUGAAUAUCAUUUAAAGAAAUAAUCAACCAUUAAUCAUCAACGUGUGGCGGUGGUGCAACAAAAAAACACCGAAGGCAAAUGUAGGUAGAAGAAAGGUCAACAAAAAAGUACCAGGUUACCAGACGGAGAUCGCGAAUCCGUCGACCAUCGGCAGAGUGGCCUCUGCUGGAGGUGAAACCCAAGAAGAAAAGCUCCACGAUGAAGCAAGUCAUCGUCAGACAGUGUCAUGUCAUGCAAAAUUGGUUCCAACUGCUAAUGGUUUGCAAGUGUGGAUAAGUGAAAUUUCUCCAGUUAGGCUUAAAUGAAAUAUUCGAAAUUGAAACAGUGGAAUUAGGUGUGCCAAAGUCUCGGUUUGCGAGAGGCGGAAGAAGGUGUCUGAAAAGUGAAAGAAAAAAGCACGCGUGACAGCAACAAUUGUCACAUUUACGUAGCCGUGCCUAUAAAUAGUUGUGCAAAGUGUAGUGCAAUUGUUUAGUUAUACCGAUCGACUGUGGGGCGCUGCGAAGCAAACCAGAAAGGUCCGAAAGUACCCGGGUUGAUGAAAUAAUCACUGGGGCGAGGGGCUGUAACAUAGUUGCAUAAAAAUGACCAUUUCCUAUUCAGCUGAAGUACCGAACGGCAGCAAUUUCGGAUGUUUUUGGCGUAUUCUUUGGAAAUGGCGCGGCAGUGUCUACAAAGCAAUCUGGCGUGAAUUACUAGCGUACCUUUGUGUAUAUUACACGCUCAAUUUGACCUACAGAUAUGGUCUGAGCGAAGAGGGCAGAAGAGUGUUCGAGCGGAUACGAAACUACUGCGGCCAGCAGCGAGAAAAUGUGCCACUUUCCUUCGUGCUUGGCUUCUACGUCAGUUUGGUGGUGAAACGAUGGUGGGAGCAGUACCGAUUGUUACCCUGGCCAGACACGCUUGCCCUCUUCGUCAGCGCUGCCAUUCAGGGACAUGAUGAAACCGGCCGACUGAUGCGGCGAAACAUAAUGCGUUACAUGGUCCUCGCGUACGUCAUCACCCUGCAGAAGAUUUCACUGCGUGUCAAGCGGCGCUUCCCAACGUGGCAGCACCUGGUCGAUGCAGGUUUGAUGUUGGAGAGUGAACGCAAGAUUUUCGAAAUCAUGGACGCAAAAAGUCCUAUGUCUAAAUACUGGAUGCCCCUGGUGUGGGCAACCAACAUUAUAAACCGUGCCAGAAAAGAGGAACUGAUUCCUUCCGACCAUAUUGUACAGACGCUGCUGAUGGAACUGUCGGAUAUCCGUCGAAGGUUGGGAGGUCUGAUCGGGUACGAUACGGUGUGUGUUCCGCUGGUGUACACUCAAGUCGUUACGCUGGUGCUGUAUUCCUACUUCGUGGCGGCCAUCAUGGGAAGUCAGAUGAUCCCGACGUUCGAUGAGAAAACCAAUUCGUACCUGGAGUUGGAUGUAUAUUUCCCACUGUUUACCGCCCUGCAGUUUGUGUUCUACGUGGGCUGGCUGAAGGUUGCAGAGGUUCUGAUCAAUCCAUUCGGAGAGGAUGAUGACGACAUUGAACUGAAUUGGUUGAUUGAUAGACACAUUAAGGCUUCGUACAUGAUUGUCGACGAAAUGCAUGCCGAACAUCCUGAGCUGCUCAAGGAUCAAUACUGGGAGGAAGUAGUGCCAAAAGAUUUACCGUAUACUGUUGCUUCCGAACACUACAGACGAGAGGAGCCGAAGGGUUCGGCGGAGCACUAUGUUGUGAAGGAAUCGGAAGCAGUUUAUGCUAAUAUUGUUGGCGGAAAACGGGCCGUGAAUGAUGAAGUGUACGCCGAUUACGAGAGCGUUGACACGCCGAUGGCGGAACGACGCAAAGGUUGGUUCGGUCGGCAAAUCACGAGAAUAUCAAUGCGUAGCUCAUCGACAGCCUAUUCGUCUGGAGGACUUUUCACUCGCAAUCGACACAACUCCGUUUACUCUAGUCCCGAAGCAGGUCUAACGCAGCCAAUCACCGCUGGUGCACCUAUGCAGAAAAUCAGCUUCUAUGACAAGUUCGUCAACAGGAAAUCUGGUCGGCAUCCGCGACAGAUUGUUAAACAAAAUUCAAAGAUAAGCCUCAACGGAUCCGUGAUUUCCAAUGUGCCACCGAAGGCUCGUCCUCGCAUUCCGACCCCAGAUGUCACCAAGGACAGCAAGGUCCACCCACUGGCAGGGAUCACUGCAAAUUCUGCACAGUUUGAAAGGACCGCUAAUAUUGCGUCUGGGGUAGCACUGAUGGCUACACAGCUGGCCAGCAAUCCAUCCAUUUACCCAACGUCAACAGCACAGACGUUCCACAAUAGCGACUUGCCGGUGGUAGGAACACUCUUGCUGGCGCCGAUCAAGGAGCUUGACUCUCACUCGGUCACCAAUACUCUACACGCUGGCCAAUCAGCCACGGCGGCUCUGGCGAAAUCAAUAUUACCGUCCAACAUAAAGAGUUCCGUCUCUCCAUUCGCCAAAGACGGUGCCAAUCUCGAGUUGGCAUUGACCAACCCAGCAUCGCUGGGAAAGCCGGCAUCGCUCGGGGCCAACACCGUGAUCGUCCUUCCAGCCACCAGCAGUACUGGUGGUAGUUCAUCCGGAAGUGCCACCAUCGAUAGUACGGACAGUGGUGCACCAAACGCCAUCGUCGCCGCCGCUGCGGUUUCCGACGCCAUCCCAAUAUCGCUUACCUCGAUACCACUUACCUUCACCGUGUCACCGGUCACCACAACGGCUGGCGUCAACACCGAAACCAUAAUUACCGAGUUGCCAUGUGACGCCGGGGCCGAAAUCGUGAGCACCGUGACGCACAGCAACGAGAGAAAGGCGCCCAAUUCCGAAACGUCGUCGUCGGCCGCUUCCACGCUGAGCAAAAGGAAGCCCAAACACAGCGAGGUUUAUGUGUGAACGUCUUUAGCAAAAAACCCGAACCAUGAUUCAUACCUGCGGAGGUAUAUUUUCAAAAGAGGUGCCUUUUUAUGUGCUGUGGUGACGCAUGCAUAGUGAUAGGAAUGUAUACUUACAAACAGUAUAACUGACCCACAACCCUGCAGUUGUGCAAACAAUAUGUAACAAAUCCUGAAACUUGUUUUUUAAAUAGCAUUUUCCACGUGCUUUGCAUAGGUUUUUAAAAUUGUGUAAAUAGAGAUAUUUUAACCGAAAGAAGUGAGUCGAAUGUAAUUUUAUGCUGAUUAGUUGGCACUAGAAAGACGACCGUCAAAAAUAAUAAAUGACGAGGCUGUUUUAGUCAUGAGAA